CCGUGCAACAAAAAAUUCCCGUUUGAUCCAUCCCCCGUUGCUCCAAAAACACGGCUGCAUUUAAGUCUGUAACAGCUGUCUUGUAUCCCAUUCCAUCUUUCCUGAGGAGCGUGCCCUUGUUGCCUACCGCAAUGGCUUGGAGAUCUCAUGGCGAAACGAAUUUGGAGAUGCUGGAUAAUUUGAGGAAGAAUGAGUUGAUCAAGUCGGAUCGUGUGUAUGAGGCUAUGAGGAAAGUCGACCGCGGCCACUUCGCACCCUACAGCCCCUACCGAGACGCUCCCCAAUCUAUCGGCCACGGCGUCACCAUCUCCGCUCCACACAUGCACGCAAACGCCGCUCAAGCCCUCGAACAACACCUUCAGCCUGGUAUGUCUGCUUUGGAUGUCGGUUCGGGAAGUGGGUAUUUGUUAGCUGUUUUCGCACAUAUGGUACAGCCGGAGGGGAAGGUGGUGGGGAUUGAGUAUAUUCCGGAGUUGGUUGAGAAGAGCAAGGAUAAUUUGAGAAAGGAUCCCACGCAUGCAGAGAUGCUCAAGGAUGGCAGGAUCAUGAUCAUUGGAGGAGACGGGAGUUUGGGUUGGCCUGAAGGCGCUCCAUAUGAUGCCAUCCAUGUGGGAGCCGCGGCACCAAGAAUGCCGACGCACCUUAUUGACCAAUUGCGACCGGGAACCGGGAAGAUGUUUAUCCCGGUAGGGCAAUAUGAGCAGGCGAUUUGGGAAGUCACAAAGGAUGCCGAUGGUACGGUGCACAAAAGCAAGAUGUACGACGUUCGAUAUGUGCCAUUGCACAUGCAGCCUGAGAACUGAUGUGUUGACACAUUACGCUCACGAAUUUCUUUGAUCAAUUUCGCAGAACGCCCAUUCUCGUCUCUGACAUAGCUUGCUUGAUUUGAUGUUACGUCUUUCUUCUCAAUCUCGAAUUGUUGCAUGAUCAUUGACAUCCCUACUGUGAACCAUGAUCUCGAACCUGUAGCUUUAUCCACUCAAUGUCUUCCGCCACUGGACAGGCAUGAGCAUCAGCAACCUUACUGAGCAAUUG